UCCCCAAUCCAGAUUGCGGAGCCGAUGCAAGAGAUUGCUAGCGGUCCCUCUUGCUGGUUGUGGGAUUAUCUGCGACGCUCAGGGGCGUCUGGAUUCUUCGUUCCACUUUCUGGUGGAGCUGAUUCUGCUGCUGUCGUCACGAUUGUUGGCGCUAUGGCCCAGGAAGUUUGUACCGCUAUGGAAGCCGGGGACGAAUGUCAGUGCCAUUUCACAUCAUCAUCUUAUCUGUCAGUGUUUCUUAUCCAGUUUGUCAUUAGCGAAGUUGAGAGAGUGACUCGAAUGUCACGAGAGAAGGAAGGAUUUCCCAAGCAGCCUGCUGCUCUUUGCAACAUUCUCCUGCACACGUGUUUUAUGGGGUCAACAAAUUCAUCAUCGUCAACACGACAAGCAGCGACUGCUUUGGCGGAAGAGAUUGGAGCGUUCCAUUUCUCAAUCGCAAUCGAUUCGGUUGUCAGCGCGUUUCUGAGUGUGUUCCAGCUGGUUGCUGGUAGAAUUCCAAAGUAUUCGUUGUUUGGCGGAACUCCAGCAGAAGAUUUGGCACUCCAGAAUAUCCAAGCACGUAUUCGAAUGGUGUUCAGCUAUUUGUUCUCCUCCUUGCUUCCCUGGAUUCGUUCUAAAACGGGAUACUUGUUGGUGUUGGGAACUGGGAAUGUGGAUGAGGCACUGAGGGGCUAUCUGACUAAAUACGAUUGUUCGAGCGCUGAUAUCAAUCCAAUCGGCUCAAUCAGCAAAGUUGAUCUAAGAGCAUUUCUUAGGUGGUCUGUUGUGAACUUGGGAUACAACAGCUUAAUAGAUAUCGUAAACGCACAACCGACAGCAGAGUUGCGACCAAUUGAUGAAGCAACAACGGGGAAGGAAGUUCACACGCAGACAGAUGAAGACGACAUGGGUCUGACAUACGAGGAACUUGGAAUUUUCGGAAAACUGCGGAAGGUUUUGCGCUGUGGUCCUGUUUCGAUGAUGCGCUCGCUUGCACUCACUGAGAAAAGUCCCUUCUCUCAGUUGAGUCUCGCAGAAGUCGCCGGAAAAGUGAAGCAUUUCUUCAGCUGCUAUGCGAGCAAUCGACACAAAAUGACCACAUUGACUCCAUCAUAUCAUGCUGAAGCGUACAGUCCUGACGACAACCGUUUCGACCAUCGGCAGUUUUUGUAUCCACCAUUCGAGACACAAUUUGCUAAAAUCGACGAAAUUGUUUCUGGUGCUCCUCAAUGA